UGGCGGGUCGCGGCGCGUCGCUCCGCUUCCUGGCGGCUCUGUGCGUCGUCGUGGUGGGGGGCGGGCGGCCAGUCUGCCAACGACGUAGAGAACCCAACCACGAAGAAGACGGCAAGCAAACUGACCUGCCCGCCCGGGAACGUUCGCGCGCCGUUCCUCAGUCUGCAGUGCCGGGCGGAUGACGACUGCACCGUGCUGAACCAGCUGUGCUGCGACAAGAGGUGUCGCAAGGGGGUCCCCCCACCCACGCCCCAGCCGACGCACAGGCCGCUCCUGGGCGUGUUCCCUCGGGAGUGCUCGCGAGAGCCUCUGGUGGAGCCACUCGGGAUAAAGAACUGCACAGAGGACACCGACUGCUGGCCGCGCAUCUGCUGCCCCGAGGGGGGCACGGGCUACUGCAGGACUCCCCCGCCCACCUUCAGAAACGCACCCAACCUCACUACACUGAAGACCGCAGUGGCAUACCUGCAGUGCACGCAGCCGCCACCGCCCAUAUUCGACCUGUUCCCCCGGACGUGUCGCAACUCCCUCGACUGCUUCCCCAACCUGUGCUGCCAGGAGAGGGGCAAGAAGGUGUGCCGCCCUCCAAAGAGAUCCCUGCUGGCAGUCCUCGGAAGACUAACAAGGGUACAACCAGACACCUACUCGCAGCGUUAAGCUGCCGUACAGAAGAUCCUCGUUAAGUACUCGGACCUUUGGACGAAUCGCGAAUUUCAUCGGAAAGAGCUAAAAAGUACAAAUAAAAAUAUUUCAAUAUAAAAAAUUCAUUUUGUGCAAGAAUUGUAGGCGGAGUUAUUGCUUUAAAUGGUGCAACUGUACUGUACAGGUAAUGCAUGUUUUCUUGUAAAGUAAAUGGCGAUGCAAUGUGUCAUCCUGCAUGUGAGGCCAAUUCAACAGAUGUUUCAGACACACAUUCAAUGAAGUAGACACUUUUGUAAAUAAAUGAUCUGGCAUUGAUUUUCUGUAUAUUGAACUAGGUUCAGACACAACUUAACGAGAUUCUACCGUACUCUAAAUAGGACUAUGUAUUUGUAUCACCGUCCCAAUGCUCAAUAGAUUAAACCAGAAUUCCCAAGGGAAAUUACAAUUACAAAAUGCUAAUUUUAUCUGCCCAUUUUUUUAUGCUUGUGUGCCAGUACCAACUUUUGAAAUGUAACACACAAAAUUAAAGUAACAAAAUACUUAAAACUUUAAAACAAUUUAAAACCUAAACUGUCUAUUAAAAGGAUACAAACCAUACCUAAUGAUUUCAUUAAGUUUUGGAUUUUUAAAAAGGCACGUAAAAGGUAUGAAAAUUGUAACUGUUCUUGAUGCUCUGUUUCAGGUUUUUGAGAAUUUGUGAAGAAAUAAAUCUGGUGCUGUUUAAA